CUUAUCUCAUAGGUAGUCGCUAUGCCCGACUCGCCUCUCCCCCAGAAUCAUUACCCCAGAUUUCUCUCUCUUAUUCCCUUUCCCUCUCCUUCACUGACUUUCUUUCUGAAAUUUUUCUCCUCAUCUUUCCCUUGCAUCACAAUCCUCUCCCAUCAUGUCUGAACUCCUCAUCAACAGCCAUAACGGCCAUAUCUCGGCCUCGCAGCGAAUCCCGCCCAUCGCACGGCCGUUCGUGAGUGAACGAGCUGCAAAGACACUCGACAUUGUCGAGAAAUUCGUCGAGGAGGAAUGUAUCCCCGCCGAUGCCGUCUAUCUACGCCAGAUUGGCAAGACCACAGAAGAGCGCUUCUCUGCCCAUCCACAAAUGAUUGAGGAACUCAAGGAGAAGGCCAGGAAACUUGGUCUAUGGAAUAUGUUCCUUCCCAAGGCUCAUUUCAAGGAGGGGGCUGGCUUCUCUAACUUGGAGUAUGGCUUGAUGGCUGAAUACUUGGGCAAGAGCCGGACCGCUAGUGAGGCUACCAACUGCGCUGCCCCUGAUACUGGCAACAUGGAGGUCCUCGCCAAAUAUGGCAACGAACAGCAGAAGCGCAGGUGGCUCGACCCUCUGCUUGAAGGAAAGAUCCGAUCUGCUUUCCUCAUGACUGAGCCUCAGGUCGCUUCUUCAGAUGCUACCAACAUCGAGAUGACCAUUACUCGUGAUGGCGACUCCUACGUCCUCAACGGCCAGAAAUGGUGGUCAUCCGGCGCUGGAGACCCUCGCUGCGAAAUCUACAUUGUCCUUGGAAAGACCGACAAGAACAACCCAGACAAGUACAAGCAACAAUCCGUCAUCCUCGUCCCCCACAACGCCCCAGGCAUCACCAUCCACCGCAUGCUCUCCGUCUUCGGCUACGACGACGCUCCCCACGGACACGGUCACAUCACCUUCGAGAACGUCCGUGUUCCGGCCGGUAACAUGGUCCUCGGUGAGGGCCGCGGCUUCGAAAUCAUCCAGGGACGUCUCGGACCCGGACGUAUCCACCACGCCAUGAGGAGCAUCGGCGCCGCCGAGAAGGCUCUCGAAUGGUUCCUCGCCCGUCUGAACGACCCAGCCAAGAAGCCCUUCGGCGAGCAACUCCACAAGCACGGCGUGAUGCUCGAGCGCGUUGCCCGCUCGCGGAUAGAAAUCGACGCCGCCCGCCUCGCCGUCCUCAACGCCGCCAUCAAGAUCGACGAGUCCACCGCAAAGGGCGCCCUCAAGGAGAUCGCAGAGGUCAAGGUCCUCGUCCCCGAGGUCAACCUCACCGUCAUCGACCGCGCCAUCCAGGCCUACGGUGGCGCCGGCGUCAGCCAGGACACCCCCUUGGCCAGCAUGUACGCCAGCGGCCGCACCAUGCGCAUCGUCGACGGACCCGACGAGGUGCAUCUCCUCCAGCUCGGCCGCAACGAGAACAAGCGUGGCCCCGCGCACAAGUCGAGGAUCGAGGCACAGACCAAGAAGGGCCAGGAGCUCUGCAGGAAGUACGGCGUCUCGACCGACGACAUCCUCCACUUGAACAGGAAGUCCGGCGAGUCGAGCAAGUUGUAAAUUAAAACCUACCCACGCGCGUCUCAUUUAAAAACCGUUCAUUCGGCAUGAUCAAUACUCAUAUAGUUAUAAGCUAGCACCAUCUUGAUAAAAUAUCAUCGCAUAUAUCACUGUU